GGCGGGUUAGUCUCCGCCGGGCGCUCCGGGGAUCAGCUGGCGGGCGGGCGGGCGCCGAACGUGGCCCCGGCUCUCGCUGCAGCGCCGCCUCCUCUCCUUGUCGCAGGCCGGCCCGGCGGCCGUGACAAUGUUGCGGCGCUGGUAGCUGGGCGCCGGCCGCCAAGCCAUCUCAAGUUUAAACUUACACGAAUCGCUCUCUUGAGGAGGAGGGGACCGCCGCGCGAUUGACACGCAUAUUCCUAUAGGCAUCCUCCCUCAGCCCCCACCCCCUCGGCCGGAUUCGGGUGGCUCCUCUCCUAGCUGAAAUCCGAGAAGAAAUCCUUGGAUCUCUUGUUUAAAAAAAAAAAAAAAAAUCUAGAAACCGUCGGUAUUUUGCUUUACUGCUUCCUUUUCGCAAGAUGAAGAAGUUUUUCGACUCCCGGCGAGAGCAGGGCGGCUCUGGCCUGGGCUCCGGCUCCAGCGGAGGAGGGGGCAGCACCUCGGGCCUGGGCAGUGGCUACAUCGGAAGGGUCUUUGGCAUUGGGCGACAGCAGGUCACUGUGGACGAGGUGUUGGCGGAAGGUGGAUUUGCUAUCGUGUUUCUGGUGAGGACAAGCAAUGGGAUGAAAUGUGCCUUGAAACGCAUGUUUGUCAACAAUGAGCAUGAUCUCCAGGUGUGCAAGAGAGAAAUACAGAUAAUGAGGGACCUGUCGGGGCACAAGAACAUCGUGGGUUACAUUGACUCCAGUAUCAACAAUGUGAGUAGCGGUGACGUGUGGGAAGUGCUCAUUCUGAUGGACUUCUGCAGGGGAGGCCAGGUGGUCAACCUGAUGAACCAGCGCCUGCAAACAGGUUUUACAGAGAAUGAAGUACUCCAGAUAUUUUGUGACACCUGUGAAGCUGUUGCCCGCCUGCAUCAGUGCAAAACUCCUAUUAUCCACCGUGACCUGAAGGUUGAGAAUAUUCUCUUGCAUGACCGAGGCCACUACGUCCUGUGUGACUUUGGAAGUGCUACCAACAAAUUCCAGAAUCCACAAACUGAAGGAGUCAAUGCAGUAGAAGAUGAGAUUAAGAAAUACACAACGCUGUCCUAUCGAGCACCAGAAAUGGUCAACCUGUACAGUGGCAAAAUCAUCACUACGAAGGCAGACAUUUGGGCUCUUGGAUGUUUGUUGUAUAAAUUAUGCUACUUCACUUUGCCAUUUGGAGAGAGUCAAGUGGCAAUUUGUGAUGGAAACUUCACAAUUCCUGAUAACUCUCGAUAUUCCCAAGAUAUGCAUUGCCUAAUUAGGUAUAUGUUGGAACCAGACCCUGACAAAAGGCCAGAUAUUUACCAGGUCUCCUACUUCUCAUUUAAACUACUCAAGAAAGAAUGCCCAAUUCCAAAUGUACAGAACUCUCCCAUUCCUGCAAAGCUCCCUGAACCAGUGAAAGCCAGUGAGGCAGCUGCAAAAAAGACCCAGCCAAAGGCCAGACUGACAGAUCCCAUUCCCACCACAGAGACUUCAAUUGCACCCCGCCAGAGGCCUAAAGCUGGGCAGACUCAGCCCAACCCAGGAAUCCUUCCCAUCCAGCCAGCCCUGACACCUCGAAAGAGGGCCACAGUUCAGCCCCCACCUCAGGCCACAGGAUCCAGCAAUCAGCCUGGCCUUUUAGCCAGCGUUCCUCAACCAAAACCCCAGCCUCCACCCAGCCAACCCCUACCGCAGCCUCAGCCCAAGCAGCCCCAGGCUCCGCCCACCCCACCGCAGCCGGCUUCCACGCCGGCCCAGGGUCUGCCCGCCCAGGCCCAGGCCACAGCCCAGCACCAGCAGCAGCUCUUCCUCCAGCAGCAGCAGCAGCAGCAGCAGCAGGCGGCACCGCCUCCUGCACAGCAGCCAGCGGGCACAUUCUACCAGCAGCAGCAGCAGGCCCAGGCUCAGCAGUUUCAGGCAGUGCACCCUGCAACCCAGCAACCAGCGAUCGCUCAGUUCCCCGUGGCAGCCCAAGGAAGCUCUCAACAGCAGCUGAUACAGAACUUCUACCAGCAGCAGCAGCAGCUGGCCACAACCCUGCAUCAACAACAACAGCUGCUGACUCAGCAGGCCGCCUUGCAGCAGAAGACCGCAGUGGUAGCCCUACAGCAGGCCCAGGCACAGCCAGCCGCCGCCCCCCAGCCAGCCCCUGCCCAGGAGCCAGCGCAGAUUCAAGCCCCCAUAAGACAACAGCCAAAGGUUCAGACAACCCCACCUCCUACCAUCCAGGGGCAGAAACUCGGAUCUCUCACUCCUCCAUCAUCCCCCAAGGCCCAGCGUGCUGGGCACAGGCGGAUUCUCAGCGACGUGACCCACAGCGCAGUCUUUGGGGUCCCUGCCAGCAAAUCAACCCAGCUGCUCCAAGCAGCUGCAGCUGAGGCCAGUCUCAAUAAGUCCAAGUCUGCAACCACCACUCCUUCAGGCUCCCCUCGGGCCUCCCAGCAAAACGUUUAUAAUCCUUCAGAAGGUUCUACAUGGAAUCCCUUUGAUGACGACAAUUUCUCCAAACUCACAGCUGAAGAACUGCUGAACAAGGACUUUGCCAAGCUUGGGGAAGGCAAACAUCCUGAGAAGCUUGGAGGCUCAGCUGAGAGUUUGAUCCCAGGCUUUCAACCAACCCAAGGUGAUACUUUUGCCGCUUCCUCAUUUUCUGCUGGAACUGCUGAAAAAAGGAAGGGUGGGCAGACUGUGGCUUCUAGCCUUCCUCUUCUAAGUGUAUCUGAUCCUUUCAUUCCUCUUCAAGUACCUGAUGCACCAGAAAAACUAAUCGAGGGACUCAAAUCUCCUGACACUUCUCUUCUGCUCCCUGACCUCUUGCCUAUGACAGAUCCUUUUGGUAGCACUUCUGAUGCUGUAAUUGAAAAAGCUGAUGUUGCUGUUGAGAGUCUGAUACCAGGACUGGAGCCCCCGGCGGCCCAGCGCCUCCCAUCUCAGACGGAAUCUGUGACCUCAAACCGCACAGCUGCAGAAGAUAGUAAUCUCAUCUCAGGUUUUGAUGUCCCUGAGGGCUCGGACAAGGUGGCAGAAGAUGAGUUUGACCCUAUUCCUGUAUUGAUAACCAAAAACCCACAAGGUAUCCAGAGAGAGCCCAAUCGCUAUCCUGUAAUAACUGUAGAGCACUUUAAAGAAUCAACGGGUUUUAAAGGCCUUCCCCUGUAUCCAGACCCCUCCAGAGUACCUGGCAUGAAAACUCAGAACAGUUUAGACUAUGACUACUUGGCCCGAGAUGGCCCUUCCAGCAACAGCUCGUUCCACAGCAGUGAAGAGGAAGGGACCGACCUCGAGGGGGACAUGCUGGACUGCAGUGGGUCUCGCCCUCUCCUCUUGGAGUCGUCAGAAGAGGAUGAGAGCUGCAAGCCUCCGCAGGGGAAGCUGGGAGGAGCCACUCCCUUCACUCAGCCAGAAGUCUCUCCUGAGCAAGCCAAGGCAGCGCAAGGUGGAAGAAAGAACCAGUUCGGAGCCCUCACGCAGCCAACCGCUGAUGGACUCGGUGAGCCAGAUGUUUUCGCCACUGCCCCCUUCAGGAGCUCGAGGGUUCCCGCUGAUGACGUGGACAUUUUCACCAAAGCCCCAUUUGUCUGCAAGGGCAGCGUGGCUCCUUCCCAGCCAGAGGAGGCGGACGUGUUCCUGAGAGCUCCUUUCACGAAGAAGAAAAGCGUGGAGGAGUUAACCGUUGCCCAGAGCGCCUCCCCGGAGUCUCCUGCGCAGCCCGAUCUCCUCCGUCAGACCAAUGACAUCCCUCUGCUCCCGGGCCUUGAUCGAGCCGCGCAUCCCUCUGUCCGAGCUCAGUAUUCCAUGGCUGGUUUUGCCCAACCGUCUAACCACCCCUCCCAUUCUGUACAAGCAGCAGACCAUCUUGACAGCGUCUCUCCCAGGGGCACCUCUCUGGAAUCUGGGGCCCAUCCUAAUGACAGAAACAAAGGACCUCAGCCCCAGAAAGAAUCUGUCUCAGGCCCCGUGGCUGGCAAACCAUUCCGCCCCCAGUCUUUAUCCAAAUAUUCCCGUCACUAUAGCCCGGAAGAUGAGCCAAGUCCAGAAGCCCAGCCCAUCGCCGCCUACAAAAUUGUUUCGCAAACCAAUAAGCAGUCGAUAGCUGGCUCUGUUUCCAUCACAUCCCUUUCCUCCAGGACUACGGAGCUGCCAGCUGCUGAUCCUUUUGCUUUAGCACCCUUUCCUUCGAAAUCAGGCAAGCAGAAACCUUAGGAGCCAUACCUGAGCCUUAGGCCUCUGUCUCUACCCCACCCUUAAUACCCACCACAUCACUCCCAGCUGAGCCUUCCUAAGAAGAAAUAUUGACAUAUCAAUUAUUAUCUUUCAGUUCCACGAGUCAGCAGGACUUCUUCAGUCAGCAAACUCAGUCGAGGUGAUAACUUAGUUGAAACUCCUUUAAGUUAUGCUCAAUUCUUUUGUUUAUAUUGAUUUCUGGACUUUCAGGCAUUUCCAUCUCCACCUCCACCCAGAGCUCUGCUUUUUGUUGUUUGCCUAGGAACUGUUUAAGUCUAGAACUACUUCCCGGUAAAUCCAGAAAUAACUUCCCAAAGGGGCCAUGUUAUUGCUAGUUUGACUCCUGUAGUUCCUGUUCUGAGUCAUGUCUAUCGAGGAAUCAAGAUGAGUUCCUCCUGGACUUGGUUUCAUACUCUUGAAAAGGGUAUAUUUCAGGAAAGAAAACAAGAUAAAAAUUCUGCACGUCAAAAGGAAGUGUAAUCCCGCAGAUACUAAUCAUUCCUGUGAAGCCAGCAGCUCUAGAAGGAUUCUCUGGGUCUGAGUCUGUGCAAGCCACACUGGUCCUCGUGCACGAGUGUAGGUGGGUGUGUGACGUGUGUCAGAUCCUUUCCUUUGUAGAAAUGCAAACAGAUACCUAUGCUCGUGUUUAAUAGUCUUGAGCCUUCCCCAUGUGCACACUUUAAAAAUUCGUGUGAGCACACAGCUAUGUGUGUGCAUGUCUGUGUGCACAGGAAACAUUCUUCCUUUAGCUAAAUCCUGUCCCACCUCGCGUGCCUCCACAAUCACUCAUUUGCUGGCAUUGGUCUCCUGACCUAACUGACUUGAACCCUGUUUUUAUUGAGUUCUUUUCUCCUGGCAAAAUUGAAAUCAUUGGAAUGUACAGGAAAAUCCUGUUGGAACUGAAGUUUCUAAGUAGAUUUUUUUUUUCCCCUCUAGAAUUUGCUAUGAACAAAUUCCAUUUACACAGCCUCGAAAAAUUAAUUAUCCUUAUACAGUUCCCCCUCAGAACAAUAGAAAAGAGCACAUUGUUACAGUUCCAACCACUGGGUUUGUGGUCUAAGUAAUUUUAAAAAGUACUUAAAACCUUAGGUCUGAGCACUCCAUGCUGUCAAUAUGAAAUUAAUUAAUCAUGAGACUAGGCUACAAACUAGAUUUGCUUGUUUGUUUUUCCACAUCCUUGCCACCUUUGUGUACUGCUUCUUGAGGAAAUAGAAAUCUGAGACAUGUAAAUAAGUUUGUCUGGGAGGAAGGAAAAGAGCUGAACCAGCCAGCCGUGAAAACCUUGCCAUUCUCUGUCCCCUUGGAUGCUAAAGUAGGUCAGAUAGGUGCCUCACUUGUGUUUUUGAAAUGUCUUCUAAUUCUGGAAAGAUCUGUCUUAUUCUUGGCUGUUUUCAUACCCUUUAUUAUUAGUGCCUUAAAAUGAAACUUACGUCUCAGUGGGAAGAUUUCUGCUGAAGAUGUUCAAUUUCCUAUUUCACCUUGAAAGCUUCCUGUGACUUGUAGUAAAUGUUAGUGAUUUCUCCAUUAGCUGGAGAUGUUGGGAGAGUUGCUUACCAACCCAGAUUAAUGAUUUAAGAAUUAUGGGAAAUUUGUCCAAGAAUCAAGCCUGAAUGCCAAACUCAACUACAGUUAAGUGUCAUACUUUUAAAUUUGAAGUUCAGGGAUCUUGGCAGUAAAAUAUGAACAGAUACUUUUCAAGACUUUUUCUAGUUUAGUCUCCACCUAUUUCAGCUGUCCAGGUUAAAAGAUAAAUUUAAAUCAUAGGCACUGGAUCAGGGCUCCUAGCAAUGAUUUUCCAACUGAGGUUUCAGCGGUGCUGGUCCUUCACUUUUGCGGAUGCUAAAUGUUCAUUGGGCUUUUCUCCCAAUGAUCAUUUCUGAAUUUUCUGUGUAACAGUGGAUGUAGAAUCAUCUUUCCAGUUGAAUAGUUUUGGCUAACAGGUGUGGAACUUAGCACCCCAAACUCUUCCCUUGCCAUUAUCAAUUAAAGCCUUCACGUGCAGGAGUGAAAAGGAUGGGAAUAUUCAAGGAGAGUUCUCACCCCAGAAACUCUUAAAGCAGAAGGUCGUUCUAAUCCAGAGGUAUUCAGGAUUACCUCUGUAACAGCCCUGCAAAAUGACUUUCCUUUGGUUAUUUGAUCACUCCCCUCCUGAUCAUAUUAGUUCUCAAGGUGAAAAUCAAUAAAAUCUUGGUAAUUUUAUUACAUAAUUGAAUCAUUUGUCAAGCUGUGCUUGUAAUCCAUUUUUAUUCUCACUGAAGACCUAUGAUGGGUGGAGACUCUAAAUACCUUUUUUGAACAAGAAAUGAAUAUAAACACAUGCAAAUUACUUUUGUGUUGUUCUUCGUGAAUGAUGCAUGAAAAUUUUGGGACUAUCGGAUUACAUGAAUUAUUAGUUAAUAACUAGUGAACUCUGCGCUGAUCUUCUUUGGAUCAUAUAGGGUAAAUGCAUCAUUUAAAGACAAAAUGUUCUUGGGACUUCCCUGGCGGUCCAGCGGUUAGGACUCCACACUCCCAGUGCAGGGGGCAUGGGUUCGAUCCCUGGUCAGGGAGCUAAGAUCCCGCAUGCUGCAUGGCGUGGCCAAAAAAUAAAAAAAUAAUAAAGAUAAAAUGUUCUUGCCAGAGUCCAUCCUGAAUCUGGAAAUCUGGAAAACUUUUCGUUUUAAGGGAAUCAGGAGUGCUCAGGGUGCUUUGAAUUAGUAGCGAAUGCAUGUUUCCAACAACUACUGCAUUAGGUUAACAGUAAGGAGAAAAAGAAAACAUAUAGUCAACAAAAUACUGCACUACUUGUUUUAGUUUGUUUUAUGUGUUACUUGCUUUACACAUAUACGGAAUGCAGGAACCUGUGACCUUUCAUUUCAGUGGAGCACAGUGAGCCAGAGUACAUUUAGACAUAAAGCAUUGACCCGCAGCAUGCACUGAUGACCUCUUAAAGAGUCCACAUUAACGGACUAACAGGCACUAUUGAAUUAAUGAAGUUAUCUUAUGUGUGGUGAAAAAUAUUUAGCAUGUCUGUUUCUUGGGUUCACAUACAGAUAACCCUUUAGCUCCAAAUCCUUGUUAGAUUGGAAAAUGGAAUGAACAAAAUUUGACGCUUGAAGCAGAUGCAGGGCAGGACCCAAAGAAAUCUAGGUCACAAACUCCAUUUCAUUUUGGGUCCACUCAUUGUUGAGUUGAAAAUUUCAAAUGUGUGGACUGGUGUAUAUGUAUUCACACGCCCAUGUUAGGUCUGAGUUUAACCUGGCAACCUUUCUGAACUGUCAAGAAAAAUACCAGUAUCUUAUUGACCCAUUAUUUAGUAAGUUUUAGAAUACAUGUACAUCAAUGUUUUCAACUAUUUGGUGGACAUUUCGCUGACUCAAAAAGUAGCGGAUUUCAGUUUUCUUUAAAAUAGGUGUAAUCACCAGAGUGAUUCUGACAAUAGAAAUUCAAUUGUGCUGUAUUUGCUUCCCUAAGGAAGUUGUCAAAACAUAGGUUAUAUAGUAUGUAUGCAUCCUAUCAAAUAGGAAAUUUUAUUAUAGGAAACUAGAGAAGGGUGAGAUCCAACUCACUCUUUAGCAGGAAGGAUACUACCUAAAUUGGAGUCCCUUGGGUCCCUUUAAUAAAGAAAGAUGUUAUUCUCUGCUGUGUAUUUGGAAUUGAAAUUGGAGAACACAGGCCAGUCAAGUUCGGAAUUGCUGCUGGUCACACAGAUGCAGUUUUAUAUGAGAAAUUUGGAACCCAGAUUAUUCUGAUGAAAGGUACAUAGGAGAGCCUCUGAAAAGACCACAGCUUGUAAGGAGGCAAGAGCUCCUUGUAAAUGCCCACAGCCAUCCCUGAGUUCUAAUCCUCCAAUCCUGCCUUCUGGAGUAAACAUGAAGAUUUUAAAUGUAAUCAUGUAAAUUUAAAUUCUUGCUUUUUCCAGUGACUGUCGACUACUUGUUUGUUGGUUGGUUUUUUUGUUUUAACCACCAGAACACUUGCAAACUUGUGAAGUUCACUUAAAGAAGGAUCUCAAAAUGCUUGAAAAUAAAAAGUAGUAUCUGGCUGGGAAUUGUUUUUGUGUUCCUUUGCUACAAGAUAAAUUUGCUAGGUUGUGAAAACAACUAGCUGCUCAGCUUCGAUGUGGGAAUCCACACUGGCAGUGUCUUGAUUGCCAGGAUGCCAUCUUGCUCUCUGACUUCCUGGUCCUACCAGCCUCAUUUGCACCUUGACCUUUAUUAGGAAACAGGCCUCCCACGUGUGAUGCCCAGAUCCCAUCUUUAAACUGCCAGACACAGGUCUUUCCUGCUUUUUCUCUCCCCCUGCAAGUCUUCCUGGCUCACCUUCCUUGUUCAUUUCCUCACUUGACAUUCCCCUAUUAUAAUCGUACCAAUAAGUGGGGAGUGAGAGGUAUGACUGAAUGAAUGAUCAUGCUAAUUUUUAUUUGCCUCCCUUGUUACUGUAAACGGUUUUUUCUUAAAUUUUAGCCUAGCCUGUGAUAAUCUCACCACACUGGAAUAAUUCCAAAUAAGAGUGAAAUGGCUCACCUUCCCCUUUUCUUAUGGCCUAGAAGAAAGGAUGAAGGAAGGUCGGCAGAAGCCCAGCCUUACUCUGAAGACACAGCCCCAAAACCUCAUGCUCUCUACCUUGAUCUAACACAGGCCCAGAGUGCCCUAGAAUGCAGGGGCAAGUUUAUGUUUGAAGGGACUCUAGAAUAGCUUGUAAAAAUGGCUAAAUGGGGAAAUUCCCUGGUGGUCCAGUGGUUAAGACUCUGUGCUUUCACUCCCGUGGGCCCAGGUUCGAUCCCUGGUCAGGGAACUAAGAUCCCACAAGCCAAAAAUAAAGAGGCUAAAUGUUAACCAGCACACUGGUGGCUUAGUCCAGUAUUCCUAUAACUUGUAAUUCCAUAAGAAAUUUAGUCUGAGUUACUUCUCUGCAAUCUCAAUAUGAGUGACACAGUGUUUUGAGUUUAUAAUAACAAUGUUUUUUUUCUUGAAAUUAAGUCAAUGUCAUCUACAUUGCAUUUAAUAGAACCACAUAUACAUGUUAGAGGGAUCUAUGUGAUACCUUUUGGUAAGGAAUUACAGAAGUGGUUUUUUUACCAGUGUCAGUUAAAGUGAGAUUUGGGGAGUGAGAGAAGACAAUAUCACCUUCCCACUCUGAAAUGGCAAGUCAGUUGUAUCUGAGUCAACCAAAGACUCCUGUUUGAGGAGUGUGAUUGGACUGUGUGUGUGUAUCCUCAUGCUUUCUGCCAUGGUGUUAAAGACCUCCUAAUGAAGGCAUCCAAAGAAUACCAAGAGGUGACAGUAGGUAUUUGAAAUGAGUAAAUUCAGUUCCGUCAGCCUACCGAGUUAGAACUGGAGUUGUACUGGACAAAGGUGAGAGAAAGCAGCCAUUGCCUUAGACUCAUUUCCACAGUAAGCAUGCUCUUCUCAUCCACAAGGAUAAAACUCAGUAGGGUUUGACCUAAACUCUCAUGUGUGGUAUUGGGAGGGCGGUAGUGAGCAGAACACUACAAGGCCUGCAAUAUGUUACUUUGAAAGAGGGAAUAUUUAACGUCAUUUGUUAGGGGAUAGGAACGGAAUAAAGGCCAAGGACCAUGCUUGUUCCAUGCAGAAGAGGUGAACGAACUCCUUCUACUGACUAUAUUUUGAGUUGACUGAAUGAGGAGGUCGACCCAGCUGUAAGGAGUGUUGAGGUCAUCAGACCUCAGGAAACAAUAUGUGCAUACAAUCUCAAGGUCUGUGAACAUGAGAAAGGGAAAAAACAUAGAGUUAAUCUUAACAGUUUUUGCAAUACCUCUUUUUUGCAGACUCUUGGGUUUAUGUUAUUGCACCCUUUGUGUGAGCUAUUUUAUGUAUCUGAUAGUUUUUAUGAAUACUUGUUUGAGUUGUAAACUCCUGUACACUUUAUUAAAAUGGACCUAAUUAAAAUAAACGA